UCCGGAAAGGGAAUAACCGGAAGCACGUGUUCUCGAAAUAUAAACAACCACGGACAAGAGAGACGUUGUUAUAGAUUUGUAGCCAAUGUUUCUGCCCCUGUACAGCACUUUAUCACUAUUCGAAAAUGGCAAAUGAACAAAAUAGUACCAAUCCAACAAAACUGUCAAAAAAUGUGCUACAAAUGAAGUUUAUGCAGAGGAGUGUUCUCCGUAUCGAGAAUGAACAGAAUGAAGAAGAGAAUAACCGAGCCAUCGAUGACGAGCACUGGGUGAUGGAUGUCCCCCCACUUCCAAAGAAACAGAGCCGCUAUGAUAUUCAGCCCAGCUAUGUUGCGUGUGAGAACCUGUGCUUCGGCCGAAUGUCCUUUAAAGGUUUUAAUCCAGAAGUGGAAAAGCUGAUGGCGAUUCACAAUACACAGAUGGAACUAGAUGCUGCUGAGGAGAGAGAGAGGGAAACUCACGUCUCUCAGGAUGAAAUGGCAGAAAGGUAUAAAUCUCUGGUUGGUAUAAUCGCCAAAAAGUUUACAAAGAAAAGGAAACAAAAGCAGCCUGUUGACGAGGGAGCUGGACCAAGCCCGGAGAAGCAAGGGAGACAAUUCCUGAAGCCUUCUGAUGACUAACUAUCAAAGCGUUAGAAUAGACACGGUUACUUUUGUGAUUUCCAUUGUGACAAAUGACUUGGCAACAUGAACUCAAGUAUUGGAUUAUUGGAUCUUAAGGCCCCCCAAAAUGAUAGUCUUGGUUCUCGGGCACCGCCCACAUCAUCAUAAAGUCCGCUGCACGUUUCAUUUUUAUUUCCAUUUUCAAAAACGAUUAAAAAACCCUAAGACUUAAAAAACAAUGCUAUCCAAUAUAGCAUGCAGUUACUUCCCUUUACAUGUGCACUACUUUACUGCACAUCUCCUGUUAUGGUCAUGGCAGCGAUAGGAGUUUGAAUGUUUGUUUAUUUAAGGAGGCUAUUUCCCAGGUUGAUGGG